GGCUCGAGGCGCGGGGCCCCGGGGGCGUCCGGCGGCCGGCCGCCCUCUGCGGGGCGCGCGCGGGCGGCCCAUGGCGAAGCGGAAGCUGAAGAGGGCGGCGGGCCCCGCCGGCAAGCGGGCUGCGGGAGCGCCAGGGCGGCCUGCGCGGGCCGCGGUGGACGCGGCCGAGGAGGCGGAGCCGGACGUGCUGUCGGAGAGCGGCGAUUCGGACGACGGCGACGCCAGGGGCGCACCGGCCGCGGGCGAAGACGACGAGGACGGCUUCUUCGAGACCCCAGACGAGAAGCGCGUCAGGCUCGCGAAGGAAUACCUCGGCAAGCUGGGGGAGGGCCGCCCGGAGGAGCAGGUGAGGGAGCAGUUGGCGCUGGACGUCGAGGAACAGGCGAAGCGUACACGCUUCCGGGUGUCCGAUCUGUCGUUGGGAGACGUCAGGCGCUUCGGCGGCCAGAAGAAGACCGUGUCCUGCGUUUGCCUCAGCUCUGACGAGAAGACCGUCUAUGCUGGAGGCAAGACUUGUGAGGUGUCGCGAUACGACGUGGAGACAGGCAAGAGGGACCCGUUCCCUGGCCAGAAGGGCUCAUUCGAGUGUGGAGGUCAUUUUGACCAGGUCCGCGGCGUCUGCUUAGUGGAGUCGCUAAACCUGUUGGUCUCGGUAGGGCAGGACCGCGUGGUGCGGUUGUGGGACUGGCGGGCCCCUGCCAGAAGUCGAUCCACGGCGACAAUGCUUGGGCACCAGAGCGCCAUCACGGCCGUGGCAGCCGAGCCGGAUGGUACCCAGGUGUACACUGCGAGCAUGGACCAGUCGUUGAGGAUAUGGGAUUUGCGCACUCAGAGGAACACCGACACCCUAUUGGGCCAUGUGUCAGGUGUGUCGGCUCUUGAUAUAUAUAGCAAGGGCAGGCCGCUCUCUGGCGGUGUCGACAAGACCGUGAGGCUGUGGAAGGUAGAGAGAGAUACCCACUUGAUGUUCAACAAGCACACGUACGCCGUAGAUUCGGUAUGCGUUGUGGAUCAAGACCGCUUCGUGUCAGGCUCUCAGGAUGGGAGCAUCAUGUUGUGGAGCCAGACGUCAAAAAAACCGCUCGCUUCCACGAGCUUGGGCUCGAGGCAGUGGGUGUCAGCACUCAGCAGCGUGCGCAGAGGCGACAUAGUUUUCUCGGGCUCAUCUGCUGGCAAGCUGCAGGGCUGGCGCCUCGUGAAGGCGGAGGGCGGGACUGACAAGAAGGGGUUCGAGUUCGUGCCGGCUUUGGACAGCAUCCAGCUCCCCGGUUGCGUCAACCAGAUCGCUGUUGGAAAGCGCAUCGUUGCUUGCGCAGUGGGGAAGGAAGUCAAGGCUGGCAGAUGGAUUUACGAGCGCUCGAUGCGGAACGGCGUUGUCAUUAUGCCAUUGUCCUACAGUGAAGGUUGAGGAGGAGAUCUAGCCUAGAGGCCAUCAGUCGCUGCAGGCCUGGUCUAGAUGCCAACGCAGUGCUGCCUCCCAUCGCCGAACAACAUCCACAACAAUAUCUGCUUAGCCAGCGUGCCAUGCACCCUAAUGUAAUUGCCCC